AUGAAAAAAGAAGUGCAAGUUAUAAAGCAGUUGCUUAAAGACAAUAUUCUACUGAAUGUUGUAACGCUAGAAGAUGAGACAACAAUGAGGGAGCUUUACGGCCUCCACAGCGCCAACAUAACUUUCAAUCCCAUCUACGACAACACGAGAAUAAAUAUAGCUCUUACACACACAUAUGAUGAGAUUUUCGAGCUGCUCAAAGAGAAGGAAAACAUAUCAGAAGUACUGCUAAGGAAUGAAUAUGCACUGUACAGCGAGAUAAAGGUUCUUGCCAACGGGAAAAAGCUGCUUCCCUCCUAUGACGAUCCGUCAGACAUAACGCCCGCUGAAGAGUAUGCACUCCGAGGCAGCAUAAGUGUGCCAGCCACUCUUCUCAAAGAGAACAUGAAAAGCCAAGGAAAGCUGCCUGUAUCCCGUGCUGUGCGAAUAACAGGAAAGUACAUAGACGAAGCUGGAUAG